AAAGAGAGGGCGAGAAACAUAGGAAGAAUCUAAGAAACCAACGCUGCGAAAGCCUAAAACUUUCCCAACUUCAACCAUAGAGCAAAGCAAUAUUUUCGUGAGAAAGAGGACUUGGUCUCCUGCGUGUCUCUAUUGGGACUCCACACAUUUCUGCAUCUUCUUCUCCUCCAAGGUUGGAACUUGAAAGAGAAAAAAAAAAGCAAGAAAUUAGUGAAGAUGACAGGGAGAUUACUCACAUGGAAAGAAAGGGAGAACAAUAAGAGGAGAGAACGGAGAAGAAGAGCCAUAGCUGCAAACAUAUAUUCUGGCCUCCAAGCUCAAGGCAAUUAUAAGCUCCCCAAACAUUGCGACAACAACGAGGUCUUGAAAGCUCUUUGUGCCGAGGUUGGUUGGAUCGUUAAAGAAGAUGGCACCACUUACCGCAAGGGAUGCAAGCCACCUCUGUUGGAGCUUGGAGCGGCUUCGACCAACAUCAGUUCAUGUUCAUCUAUUCAACCCAGCCCACAGUCUUCAUCUUUGCCAAGCCCCGUACCUUCCUAUCAUGCGAGUCCCUCAUCUUCCUUAUGCCCGAGUCCGACUCGUUUCGAUUCAAAAAUCUCGACUCACCUCCUUCCAUUCCUCAGUAACAUUGCAGCCAUAUCCAACAUCGCUCCACUGACCCCGUCACUUUCUUCCCCCACUAGAGGAUCUAAGCUCAAAUCUGACUGGGACUCCCUAUACUCGUUUCGCCACCCAAUUUUCACUACCUCAGCCCCAUCUAGCCCCACAAGGCAGCACCACCGCACACCAUCCACCAUACCAGAAUGCGACGAGUUCGAUGCCACAACUGUUGACUCUGGUCGUUGGGUGAGUUGUCAGGCGGCGGCUCCUCCUCCUUCACCUACUUUUAGCCUUGUGAAAAGGGUGGUUCAAUUUCAACAUGGUCAUCUCCAGGCGAAUGUUGCAGAGAUGGGGAGAUGCUCGGAAUUUGAGUUUGGGGAUUGUAGAGUGAAGCCUUGGGAAGGAGAGAGAAUACAUGAGAUUGGCUUAGAUGAUCUGGAACUUACACUUGGAACUAGCAAGACCUGUGUAUAAAGCUCGGAUUAAUUGGCAUUGCUCAGAGAUCAUCGUUCAGUGGCCUAUCUUUUUUCGAUCUGUACAGAUUUAAUUUUUUGAUAUCGCUGCUUAUUGCUCAUAUCCAGGAUGAAGAAAGGAAUU